AUGAUGUUACGUUAUGAUUCCUUACUCUGGCAAUGUACUCUAGCUGCUGGUAUUUGGUUUAUACCACAAGAUGUAGCUGCUAUAUCAGCAUUCUUAUUGUAUGGUCGUAGCAAAUCUCGUACUAUUAAUCAACCAGUAUAUGUUGAUAAUAUUGAUACUGCUGCUAAUGAAUAUUUUAAGAGGAAGGGUCUAGAUCCUACUAAGAUGAUCAUGAUGCGUAAGUCGUCUAAAAUUACAGAGAUCAGAUAUGGUGAGAUGUAUAAGUAG